GAGGGGAAUCCCUGAUGAAUAAGACCCAGACAGGUCAAUCUCAACACCACAGGCAUGAUUUGGAUAUGGUCAACCAGAAUUUGGGUUGUCUAGAGGGUAGCAGCGGUAAUUCUAAACAGAGACUCAGUUCUCAAAUCGACCAUGAUCAUAUCAAUGAGCCCUCAACUAGUGGAGGGGGGACAGCUUUUCAGUCGGUUAAACCAAGCCCUUCUCUUGACAUGACAGAUUAUUUCAUGUACAUCGGGAACAGCAGCAAAAUAAAUGUUGAGAAUCUGUACAGCAACAGGAACAGUGAUUUUGUCAUCGAGAAGGAGCAGGUCAACAAAAGCGUGGCCACCGACGACGAUGAGGGCCUGUACAGCUCUGAGGUUUUCAAAAGUAACAUUUCUACCCCUAGUUUACAAGACGACGUCCCCCUUGAUAAGAUUUAUAAAUGUGAAUUAUGCAGCAAAAUAUUCAGCAACAGCUUUUUCCUGCGGCAGCACACCUUGUUUCAUACAGGGGACAAGCAGUUUGUUUGUGGGACCUGUGGUCACAAGUGUUUUUACAAGAGCCAGCUGAAGGAACAUGAGCGCACACACACUGGAGAAAAGCCACAUAAAUGUCAUAUUUGUGAGACAGGGUUUGCACGCAAGGAUGCUCUUAAGAGACAUUUGAGAUCUCACAUGGAUGAGAAGCCAUACAAAUGUGAUAUCUGUGAAAAGGAGUUCAAGCACAAACCUUACCUGCAGAUUCACAAAAAGAUCCACACUGGCGAAAGACCGCACAAGUGUGAGAUUUGUGAGAAAAUGUUUUCACGCAUAGAAAGCCUGAAACGUCACAGAAUAUCCCACAUCAAGGAGAAGGCUUAUCCAUGUAAUUAUUGUGAUAAGAGUUUUAAAUGCCUGACCUACCUACACAAUCAUACCCAGAAUCACACAGGGCAGAAGCUUUAUGGGUGUGAUUUGUGUGAAAAAAAAUUCAAAUACCCAGCUCUCCUGAAAAAGCAUAAAAUGAAACACACCGGGGAAAGACCGUUUCGUUGUGAUUUGUGCGAAAAGGGAUAUUUUACAGCCACUGAGCUAAAAAUUCACAAGAUGAACCAUGCUGCAACAGACCCCCCUUUCCAGUGUGAAUUUUGUGGCAAAGGAUUUCAUAUGAAUGACUUGUUUCAAGCCCACGUCAGAACUCACACAGGUGAACGUCUCAAGUGUCGUUACUGUGACAACACAUUCACCCAGCAGUCCAGCCUGCACGCCCAUGAGAGGAUGCACAUGGGGGACAAGCCAUACAUGUGUCCAACGUGUGGCUUGACCUACACUCAGCUAUCUUCCUACAAUGCCCACGUCCAGACCCACGUGGGAGAAAUGCCGUACAAGUGUGAGCCGUGCGGCAGGCGCUACCAACACUAUGCUAGUUACAGAUAUCAUCAAAAUGUGUGUGCUUUUUACAAUCCCCCAGUAGCCAAACAAAAUAAUGAUCCGUGCUGAGUCCCAUUCAUAUUGUCCCGCGUUCAUUUACUUGACCCUAAAAUAGGUGCCAGCCAUCUCAUUCUGCCUCUCCCAUCACAGUUUAUCAGUUAGCAUUUAUAAAUAUUAAAAUAUCUGAUUGCAAAACAAGGGGACAAUUAAUUUUUCAGAAAAAAUCGGUGGUUUGGUUCAUCUUCAG